UGUCUCAGUGGACCAGGAAGGAGGAAAACAGUCGCGGCGGAACGUCCCUCUUGUUUUUGUGGUGAUAUUUCUGGACAAAGUCUGGUAGUUUCUGUGCCGUAGGUGUCCUCUGGGCUACUUUUAAAAGAAGUUCGCUGGAUUAAGGGGCGGACGUUCAAAAGCUGCUAUGGCGUCGCCACUGGAGAUGACGGAGAUUUACGACAACGCGCUGCUCGGGAUCCUGCAGCACGUUGGAAACAUCCAGGAGUUUCUCCAGGUCUAUUUUGGGUUCCUGUACCGCAAGACGGACUUCUACCGGCUCCUGUCGGGCCCCACCGACAAGAUGGGCUUCCCCCCGGGGGUGGCGGAGAAGAUGGUGCUGAAGUCGUUUAAGUUGUUUGAGAAGCUGGCGGAGCACGACCGACAGAGGGCGCUGAGCGAGCUGCAGAAGAGAGAGGAGAGCAGAGCGGCUCCUCCGGCCGUUCAGGAGCUGGAGAUCUCCUCCGAUCCUCAGCAGGAGCAGGAGGAGGAGGAGCAGAGCACGGGGCCCGUGGAGAACGCUGCCUCAGACGGCGGCCAUGUUUCAGCUUCAGCUUCGGCUUCAGCUUCGGCUUCGGCCUCGGAGGCGACGGGCGGCGUUCAGCCCGACAGCAGCGACGCUGGAGACCAGGCAGCAGCAGGACAAAAAGGCCAGGACAAGUUUCAGUCCGACCCCGACAGCUACAACGGAGCAGUGAGGGAAAACUACAGCUGGUCUCAGGACUACACAGACGUGGAGGUCCGGGUCUCCGUCCCCAAGACCGUGGUUAAAGGCCGACAGGUUAGCGUUAGCCUCCAGACCGGCGGCGUGAGAGUCAGCGUGAGGGACGGAGCCGAAGACAAAACGCUGAUGGAGGGAGAAUUCACGCACAAGAUCAACACGGAAAACUCCCUGUGGAGCCUGGAGCCUGGAUCCUGCGUCGUCCUGUCGCUCAACAAGACGUCUGAGGUUUGGUGGAACGCCGUCCUGAAAGGAGAGAAGGAGAUCGACAUCAACCAGAUUAACCGCGAGCGCUCGAUGGCGACGGUGGACGACGACGAACACGCCGUCCUGGACAGACUGACCUUCGACUACAACCAGAAACUGCAGGGAAAACCUCAGAGUCACGAGAUGAAAGUCCACGAGAUGCUGAAGAAGGGCUGGGACGCGGAGGGGUCUCCUUUCAGGGGACAACAGUUCGACCCGUCCAUGUUUGACAUCCCUCCCAGCGCCGUCCAGUUCUGAGGACAAACGCAGUCAAACCGAGUCAAACUGUGGAACUGGACAGAAUAUUUUAUUUAAUGCGUCUGCUGUGUCUGUGUCUCUGCUGGUUCUGGCCUCAGCGUCCGGGAGGACGAAGGACGAGAGACGAGGGACGAGGGACGGACGGACGUCCUCUGAGACCUUCAACCAAAAACUCUUUUUGAACGUGGAGGUUUUUUAUUUUCCAGAAAAGCUCCAGUUCAUUAUUCAUCUCUGCUCCUGUUGGACGACGUCACAGCCGAUGAUCCGACUCCUCAACAAACACAAAAAAUAAAAAAAGUUUGGAAUAAAAACGUGUUAAAAGCAAAAAAAUACAGAUAAAUAAAUAAAUAAACUUUGACUUUGAA